CGACUUUUAAUCCAAUUAGCUCGACCAAAUCGAAUCAACCAAAAAAAAAAAAAAAACGAAUCAUUGUCUCCAUAUAGUAUAUGCAAAUAUACCGACGACCUUUUGAGACAAAAACUUGGCAAUAUCGAAUCUGUCCAGCAGAGACUAUGGUGAAGAUUCAUCCCGAUCUAACAACCUCCGGCGCCGGAGAAGAAACAAGUUCACCGUACUUGACGACGGAGCAAGAGAGUUUCACUAUAUGGAUGAAGUCGUUGGUGUUCAACACAAAUGGCUGCACCGUCUUCGAUUCCAAAGGAAACAUAAUUUAUCGUGUCGACAAUUAUAAUUCUAAGAGCUGUCGUGAAGUUUAUCUCAUGGAUUUGUCCGGUCAUGUCUUGUUUACCUUACGUAGACAGAAAUUUGGAUUAUUCAAGACAUGGGAAGGAUAUAGAUCAUCAUCAGCAACAGUUGAAUCAACAACAAAACUAGAAUAUUUUCGAGUGAAAAAUAAUGUUUUUCAAGUUCCAAAUAAAGAUUCAUCAUCUUCGUAUAGAGUCAACGCGGGAUCAUGUAGAAACGAUGAACAAUAUUGUUAUAAGAUGGUAACUCGCGGAUCAAGUCUAGCGAUUGAGGAUAAUUGUGGAAAACUAUUGGCAGAAGUGAAGAGAAAACAAUCGAUAAACGGUUUGAAGUUGGGAGAUGAUGUUUUGACGAUGAUGGUGGAGUCACAAGUUGAUCACUCUUUCAUCAUUGGACUUGUUUUAGCUCAUAGUCUUAUCAAUUGUAUACUGUAAAAGGUAAAUACUUUACCGUUGCUAAAUUGAUGAGAUUUUUGGGUUGUAAACUAUUUUUUUAUUUUAGGUUUCCACAAAUUUUGUAGUGUAUAUACUUACUUUAUCGAAGUACAACUAAUGUGACAAUGUUAUAUCUGAUGAUGUUACUUGUUGUAAGGUAGAGUUUUAAUAAAGUGAGUGUAAGCUCUCUUUUCUUCGUUGAAAAUGUUCUUAAACC